AUGCGGUCCGCCAGCUACCUCAUCCUCCCAUUUGCAAGCGCGGCGCACGCCCUGACCUCCGCAUCCCAACUCGACAUCCAGCCGGACCUCCUCAGCAACCCCCUCGAUGUCGCCAACAAAACCUUCGACUACAUCAUUGCAGGCGGCGGCCUGACAGGCCUAACCGUAGCCGCCAAGCUGACCGAGAACCCAAACAUCUCCGUCCUAGUCAUUGAGCGAGGGUUCUACGAGUCCAACGACGGACCCAUCAUCGAAGACCCAACCAAGUACGGCGAGAUCUUCGGCACAAGCGCAGACCAGAACUUCCUCACCGUCCCACUAAUCAACAACCGCACCGAGCUCAUCAAGUCCGGCAAAGGCCUUGGCGGUUCGACCCUCGUGAACGGCAACUCGUGGACUCGGCCGGACAAGGUCCAGAUUGAUUCGUGGGAGAGCGUAUUCGGAAUGGAGGGGUGGAAUUGGGAUGGCGUGUUUGAGUAUAUGAAUCAGGGCGAGCGGGCUCGUGAGCCCACUGAAGCCCAGAUUGCUGCUGGGCACUACUUUGACCCGUCUUGCCAUGGGUUCAAUGGAACAGUCCAUGCCGGGUACAGGGACACCGGCGAAGAGUGGUCCCCGCUCAUGAGGGCGCUAAUGAACACCACGUCUGACAUGGGCGUUCCGACCCAGGUGGACAUGCUAUGCGGCCAUCCGCGCGGUGUCUCCAUGAUCCAGAACAAUCUGCUAGAGAACCAGGUCCGCGCGGACGCCGCGCGCGAAUGGCUCCUCCCCACCUACCAGCGCCGCAACCUGAAAGUCCUCACGGGCCAGGACGUCGGCAGGGUUCUUUUCCAGGACUCGCAGUCUCAGUCAGCCGAUGCCGAGCUCAAAGCCAUCGGCGUCAACUUCGGCACCCACAAGUCCGUCAACUUCAACGCCUACGCUACCCACGAGGUCCUCCUCGCCGCUGGCUCCGCCAUCUCCCCCCUGAUCCUGGAGUACUCCGGCAUCGGGCUCAAGUCCGUCCUCGACAACGCAAACAUCACCCAACUCCUCGACCUCCCCGUCGGCCAGAACAUGCAGGACCAAACCACCACGACCGUGCAGGCCCGCAGCACGCGCGCUGGCUACGGCCAAGGCCAAGCCGUCUACUUCGCCAACAUCACCGAGACAUUCGGCGAGGAUGCCCCCCGCGCCAUUGAGCUCCUAAACACGAAGCUGGACCAGUGGGCGGAGGAGACAGUGGCCCAUGGUGGGUUCCACAAUGUCACGGCCCUGAAAGCCCAGUACGAGCUCUACCGCACCUGGAUCCUAGAUGACGACGUCGCCUUCGCCGAGCUCUUCAUGGACGCCUCGGGCGUCAUGAAAUUCGACAUCUGGGAUCUCCUCCCCUUCGCGCGGGGCUCGACGCACGUCCUCUCCUCGGACCCGUACCUAUGGCAAUUCGCCAACGACCCCAAGUUCUACUUCAACGAGCUCGACGUCCUCGGCCAAGCGGCCGCCACGAAACUCGCCCGUGAGCUCCAGAAUACCGGCGCAAUGGCCCAGUAUUUUGACGGCGAGGUGGUGCCUGGCGAGAACCUUGCGUCCGAUGCGGAUUUGGACCAGUGGGCUGAAUACGUCCAGCGCAACUUCCGCGCGAAUUACCAUGCUGUUGGGACGUGCUCGAUGAUGGCGAGGGAGAUGGGUGGUGUUGUUGAUGCUAAGGCUAGGGUGUACGGGACAAAGGGGCUCCGGGUGGUUGAUGGGUCGAUUCCGCCGACGCAGCUUUCGUCGCAUGUUAUGACUGUGUUUUAUGGGAUGGCGUUGAAGAUUGCGGAUGCUGUGGUGGCGGAUUAUGCUGCUUCUCAGUAG